AUGCAGCAGCAGCAGCAGCAGCAGCAGCUGCCCAUAGGUGGGCCUGUGAAUGUCUCGUGCCCCCCGCUUGCUGCUGCAGAGCUGAGCAGCAGCAGCAGCAGCAGCAGCAGCAAUGGGCUUCCUUCUUCAGCCCCUUCAGUACCCCCAGCAGCAGCAGCAGGAGCAGCAGCAGCAGCUGCUGCUGCUGCUGUUCCUUAUAAACCAAACGAUAUAUCUAUUGCUGCAGCAGGCAUGGGCCUCGAAGCAGGCAGCAGCAGCAGCAGCAAGCCCUCUGUUGAGGGUUUAGCAGCACUAUCAUCUGCUGCAGCAGAAGUUGGUGAUUCAGCUGCUUCUGCUGCUGCUGCUGCAGCAGCAGCAGCAGCAGCAGCUGCUGGUACUACUGGCACUGCUGCAGCAGCUGCUGGUGGCCCCCCUGCUGCUGCUGCUGCUGAUGUGUUGGGCUCUGGUUCCUGCUGUCUUGCUGCUGCAGCAGCAGACAACGCAGACAGAGAUGAUGGGGGGCUGCUGCCGGAGUCCUUCUUCGACCCUGCUGCUGCUAGCAGCCCUUCUGCUGCUUCAGAUAUGCAGCAGGGGGCGCAGCUAGCUGGGUUUAUAUCUCAUGGUUAUAGUCACGUCCUGCAGCAGCAGCAGCAGCAGCAAACGUACCCGCAGGCACAGCAGCAGCAGCAGCAGCAGCAGCAGCGGGCUCAGGGGGAUCCUUCUCUACCGGCACGAGGCAGCAGCCGCGACGUGGAGCAGCAGCAGCAGCAGCAGGAGCAGCAGCAGCAGCAGCAGCGGGACGAGAUGCAGCAAGAUGAAGAGGGGGGCAGUGCAGCAGAAGAAGAAGAGAGAGGAGACAGCAGCUCUUGCACGGCCUCAACUGUCCCCUCUGGCUCAGCAGCAGCAGCAGCAGCAGCAGCAGCACAGCAGCAGCAGCAGCAGCAGCAUCAACGUCUUCGGGGCACAGCAGCAGCAGCAGCAGCAGCAGCAGGAGACGAAACUCCUUCAUCUUCCUCUUCUUCUAGCAGCAGCAGCAGCAACCAUCACCACCACCACCACCACAGCAGCAGCAACAGCAGCAACAGCAGCAGCAACAGCAGCAGCAGCAGCAACAUACAUCCUUUUGUCUAUCAACGCAGCAGCUUGUCUCUGCGGCUAGCAGACAUAGCACAGCAGCAGCAGCAGCAGCAGCAGCAGCGGGCUCAGGGGGAUCCUUCUCUACGGGCACGAGGCAGCAGCCGCGACGUGGAGCAGCAGCAGCAGCAGCAGGAGCAGCAGCAGCAGCAGCAGCAGCAGGGGACGAGAUGCAGCAAGAUGAAGAGGGGGGCAGUGCAGCAGAAGAAGAAGAGUGACGAGAUGCAGCAAGAUGAAGAGGGGGGCAGUGCAGCAGAAGAAGAGGAGAGAGGAGACAGCAGCUCUUGCACGGGCUCAACUGUCCCCUCUGGCCCAGCAGCAGCAGCAGCAGCAGCAGCAGCAGCAGCACAGCAGCAGCAGCAGCAGCAGCAUCAACACAAAGAAAAGAAAGGAGACAGUGGGGUGAUCGUGGGGUAUCUCCUCGUGCAGCAACAGCAGCAGCAGCAACAGCAGCAGCAGCAGCAGCAGCAGCAGCAGGAGACGAAACCCCUUCAUCUUCCUCUUCUUCUUCUAGCAGCAGCAGCAACCAUCACCACCACCACAGCAGCAGCAACAGCAGCAACAGCAGCAGCAACAGCAGCAGCAGCAGCAACAUACACCCUUUUGUCUAUCAACGCAGCAGCUUGUCUCUGCGGCUAG